AUGACAUCCCUCGCUGCCAAGUCUGCGUCGUUGGUGUCAGCGCGCUUCUGGGUCGCCGUUCUCGUCAUGACGUUUGCGCUCCUGUCUGGCGUCUCGGGUCAGGCGUUUUCGACCCCUCGGAGCCCCGUGUCGACGUCUGCGCUUCGUGUUUACUGUGACGCUCGCAACGCUACUGGUGGCGAGUUCCUUGCCAGCCCCGCGCUUGCGGCGUCCUUGUGCACCAACCAGUUCCGCACAAUCACCAGAUUAUGCACUGGGGCGUGCACACCCGUUUUUGACUUUUACGACAUGAAGGAGUUUGAUGAUGGCGCACGCCUGUUCUUGCAGUCCAUCACCAAUCGCCUGCGGUCGGACACAACCAAUCCGUUCGAUCUUCUCACUGGCAUCGUCGGCUUCAACGGUACGCUUCCUAAUUUGCCUAUUCCGUCACUGACAGCCCUUCCCGAGACGGUCGUUCUUUCGGGUGUUGCGCUUGCGAUUGGUCGCAGCAACACGUCUGCCCUUGGCUACCGUCUCGAGUCCGCUACGCUGACAAUCAACCUCACCUCUGUCGCGUCGUGGAGCUACGAUGUUGGACUCACGAUCAGUGCGCUCUCGGCCUCGUUCGCACUCAUCUUCAAUCCGGCCACACGCGACUACGAGUUUUCAGGCAUGGUCCAAGGUGUCGCCACCCUCGCCGCAUCUGAUGCUACCGUCACGGUGCCCUUCCCGAAUGCCGAGCGGGUCUCCAUCGACUUUGAAAGCCGCCGACCUCUGGUUGCGCAGGUUGUUGGUAACGUCACGACCUACGUUCCCGGACCGCUUCCAGCCUUGUCUGCUGUUCAGUCCGCCCUGCCAACUCUGUUUGCUGGACUCACCAUCCCCGCACUUCCUGACAACAUCCCCACGCUUACCUCCUUGGCGCUGGGUGAGGUGGAGAUUGGCGUUGGCCUGGGCAACAAGCGGCUCGGGAUUACUGUGAACCAGGCUGCUUCUUGGCCCGUCUGGUCGGGACUGACUGUUGCCGGGGGCGUCAUCCAUGUUGAUCUGAGCUGGGACGAUCGCGACACCGUCUCGGUGAGCGGCUAUGUCGAGGGUACUUUGUUGGCUUUUGGCACCGCCUUUGCUGCCCGUGUCGAGUUUCCGUUCGCGUCCACAAGCUCCUUCUCGUUGCUCGCUACCAAUUCUUCGCUUGCGACGCUUACUCAAGUGCUCGCUGCGAUGCCAGGCGCCCCAACAGUGUCCAAUUCCGAGCUGAGUGGAAUGCCAUCGAUUGACGAUUCGAGUUUGAACAUUGCCACCGGCCUGUACGUGAGCGAGUUCACCUUUCAGCACACCAACAAGACGCUGCGAUCACUCUCGUUUGUGGUUUCCGGCUCGCUUGGUGGGACUGCUAUUCCGCUCUUUGGCAGUGUGCAGGCGCAAACAACCAUCUCCCUGGGCUGCUUUAUGAACACGGAUGCGUUUGGACGCCGUCAAUGGUCGGGCACCCUCUCCACGCGUGUCCUAAUUGGCGCACUCUCCCUGCCCAUCACCAUUCCGUACCCUUCAUCCGCGGGAGCGCGUGCAUCCAUCCAGCUCCCAUCGCUCCCAUCGGUGCUUGACACGAUCGGCCUUCCAGGGACGAUCAACACGGCUGCCAUUAACGCUAUUGCGACGGCAAGUCCGCGCUUGAGUGACCUGCUUGCCUCUGUUCCUCUCCUGGGUCUCUUCCCGCAGCUUGCUCCGAAUGUGGAUCAUACCUUCCUUGUCAACACGUACGUGUCCAACUUUUCGUUUACGCUCGAUCAGGCGCGCUCCCGUAUUUCCAGUUUCUCGUUGGGCCUUUUCACUGCAAACGGAGGGACAGGCUGGAGGUUCAACUCUUUGGUCAUCAACAACGCCCUGUUCUACAUCAACAUGGUUACAGACGAUGCUGGAGGCCGCAUGUUCUCGGGUCGCAUUCAAGGCCAGCUGUCUUUGGGCUCGCACAAGAUUGGCAUUUCUGUGCCGUUUGGUCGCUCAUCGGAACAGGCGUCGUUCCAGUUUGAUCAGUCGAAAAUGUCAAUCAACGGCUUCCGCGUCGACGAUCUGUUUGCAAUGCAACGGUUGCCCGCUGGCGUGCUUCAGGGAGAUGUUGACGCCUGGAUGGCCAAUUCUGCCAAUUACGUGACCUUUAGCCAGAUUUUCAACUUGGUCUUUGGAUCGACGGCAAACAUGAAUUUCGCCAUCCCCGGCUUUUCCUCCUUGUCGUUGGAUUCUCUUGCCGUGACGGAUCUUGCGCUUACACUUGACAGCGAGUCCCAGUCCGUUGCUGCCUUCAAUGUGACGCUGCUUACCACGCAGACCAUUACCAUCGCUGGCAUGUCGUUGUCCAAGCUGCGCGUGCAAGCAGGCCUUCAAACGAACUCGCUCGGUGUUCGCUCGUACUUUGGGCGGGUGUCGGGUCGAGCGACAAUCGGCACUUCCACCGUUGGUGUCGACAUCCCCUUCGGCUACCCUGGUGAAAAGGCGCGAUUUUUCGUUCCUGCCAUCACCGUCGCCGGCUCUGAUUUGAGCCUCAGGCAGCUGGUGCAACUCCCCCGUGAGCUCCCAACUCUGACCGUUCCAGACCUCAAGUUCCGAGAUGUCAUGGCACUCUUUUCUGGCGCCGGUUUCGCGUCCGAUUUCGUCUCACCAGCGGGUGUCUUUACCCCAAGCAUUGCGGGCUUACCUGCCCCGGCGUUCAUUGGCGAUAUGGCCAUCCUCGACCUCUCGAUUGGCUUUGCCCCCAAUUAUGGCGGGAUUGACUCGUUCUCCGUCACGCUGUAUUCCAGCUCGCCGUUUGCUGUUUUGCCGACUCUCACCCUGAGCAAGUUUGUCGCUUCGCUCGAAAUGACCACCACUGCCAAAGGCCGCAACUUUGCCGGAUAUGUGCAAGGUUCAGUGCUGGUAGCCACCAAGCCAGUCUCAUUCUUUGUCCCGUUCAACCGACCUGGCGAAUCGGCGUCGCUCACCGUGCCCGGGCUGACCUUGGAAGGGCGAAAGGUGGCCUCUCUCGUGAGCAAACCUUGGUUCACCCCUGCUAAUUUUGCCAGCGUGAUCAGCUCGGCGCCCACCGUGUCAAACUUGAUGGCAAGCAUUCCAUUCCUCGGCGAUCUGUCCUCCUACAUUUCGUCCGAGCUUGCCAGCGUCUCUGAUUUGACGCAGCUGUACGUGACCGACCUCAAGUUCCAGAUGAGGUCGGAUCGCGCUGCCCUCGAAGUCUUUGGUUUCACUGCUCUUUCGACCAACACGUGGACUGUUGUGAACGGCCUUCAGGUUUCCAACAUUGCCUUUACGUUUGAAAUGAAAAACGGCCAGAACGGCACGCGAACCUUCUCAGCCGUCUUCGCUGGUCGAGUUACCGUGAGCGGCAAGUCCAUUGGUGCGCGCAUCCCAAUCAACCGCCCCGGCGAGCAAGCCAGCUUUGAGUUCCCGCGCAUUGCUGUCGGAGACUCGAGUCUCAAUGAGAUUUUCGGGUUGCCUGCUGGCCCGGCCCAGCCAGUGUCAUCGUCCCAGCUCGCGAAUGCAGUCACUGGCACGCGCGCCCGCGCGAAAGCCUUCCUCACCACUGCUUUCGACGUGUCGCAGCGACGUGUGGAAGAUUUUGUCUUCCGCACUCGGGCCGAGUUGCAAACUCGACUGGCGGUGGCUGCGCAAGCAUCCAGCGGUCUGAUUACCUUCAACGACAUCAUCACUGCCAUCAGUUUGCCUGCGCUUUCUGCCUUCAGUUUGAAUCCUCAAGCAGCCGGGCUUCCCUCGUUCGGCUCACUCGCGAUGACAAACAUGGUCUUGGAGUUCAAUCAACGUACCAGCAGCGGUUUUGGCAAUCUUCUUGCCGCGGAGGUCACUGUGCUGUCAACCACCGCAUGGAAAAUCUGUUCCACCGGCACCAUCCAACUGGAUGCCUUUGCGCUUCGUAUCGGCUUCCGUCGCCAAAACGGCACCGUCUUUUACGGCUCCGUUUCGGGUACGAUUGCCUUCGAUGCCACAUUCAUUUUCAGCGCCAAAGUGCCCUUCAACAUCCCCUCCGAGCGCGCAGAGUUUACCUUCCCGCGGCUGCGAGUCUUUGGCAAGGACGUCAAUGAACUCCUCGGUCUGGGCCUGGAAGCAGCCCGUCAAGUCAACCCCAGUGCUGUUGUGGCUGCCAGCCGCCAAGAGCUCGAGGCUGUCAAGAUGGAAGCACGUCGCCGUGCAAGGGCUUUGUUGGCAUCGUCCUCGUCCGAGCUGACCCAGCGCGUGGCUGCCUUAUCCUCCGCCAUCAGCGGCGGCGCGACGCUGACUCUGGGUGCGAUUGUCUCUGCGCUCAGCAUUCCCGGCUUUUCGAGCUCCAUGCUCAAUCCUGGUGUGGUUGGCUUGCCCGACUUUACCUCCUUUGGAAUCACGCGUCUUGAUGUUCAAUUCUUGAACAAUGACGGCACGGGCAUGGCCGGUUUUGCAGGUGCCGGCUUUACCAUUAUUUCGGGAAGCACUUGGAAGGUGACGCCCUCAGGUUCGCUCUCCAUCACAUCGUACGGUGUCUCAAUCGAUGUUCGUCGCGCCGGCAGCUCUUGGUCAUUUUCGGGCGUCGUGUCUGGCAGCGUUGUUCUCGGCAGCUCUGCUCUGGUGGUUGGUGUGCGUGCGCCCUUCAACCUCCCUGGCCAAUCGCUUUCUCUUGUUUUGCCAGAGCUGCAAAUUAUGGGCAUGAAUCUCAACUCGUACUUUGGAGUGUCCUUGGAUGAUUUGAGCUCGGACUCCUUGAUGGAUGCAGCAAGCACCCUCGCUACUCGAGCGCGUGCCGAAAUUGCGCGCCAAGCGGAGGAAGCCAAGCAACUCGCCAAGCGUACCGCCCGCCAAGUUCUGGCACGCACCACAGCCGAGCUGACUCUGCUGACUUCUCGAAUUCAAAGCGCAACCGCGAACGGCAUAUCGUUGCUAUCGCUUGUGAACGCCGUCGGCUUGAUCGAGCUGUCGGCGACCGACCUCAACCCCGGCGUGGUGGGCUUGCCCGACUUUGGAGCCUUCCUGGUGACAGACGUUGUGGUUGAUUUCAACUCUGGCUUUGCCAACGGUACGCAGGGCUUGACUGGCUUGCGCAAACUCGGCGUCACAAUCAUCGCGCCAUCUUCUGCCUCAUCCUGGUUGUUGACACCAACGGGUUCUCUCCGAGUUGCUCAGUUUGCGCUUUCCGUUCUUUUCGAGAAUACUGCAAGUGGUAAACUCCUCCGCGGCAAGAUUUCUGGUUCCAUCACUUUCUCCACGUACGUUUUCGGCGUCAGUCUGCCCUUCAACAUGCCAGGCCAGCGUGCAGAGAUUGUUCUGCCCAAGGUUUCCGUGCUCGGGUUUGACUUGACUGAGCUCUUGGGCUUGGAUGCUGAUUCCGCCGUCGAAUUGCGUACGCCCAACUUUGAGGGCAUCGCAACGGCAGUCAAGGGCCGCGCGCUUGAGCUUGCCGCUCGCGCUGAAGCCGAAGCACGGGCGCGUCUCGAAGCUGCCAAGCAGGCGGCCAAGGACAAGAUGCGUCGUUUGAUGGCCCAAACCACCACCGAGUUGAAUGCCCGCGCAGCAGCGAUCGCCGCGGCCACAACCAACAACGUCAUCACUCUGGCCCAGCUGGUGACUGCAAUCAGUAUCCCUGGAGUGACGGCAUCGUCGUUGAACACUGGCAUUGCAGGCUUGCCCGAUUUUGGCGCAUUCGGUGUUCUUGAUGCGACCAUUGAUUUCGCUCAACCGAGCGCAACAGCAGCCGGCGACACCACCCCUGGAUUUACAGGAUUGCGCACUCUCGGUAUCACGAUUGUUUACUGCUCGGCCUCACCGUGGAGCUUGAUUCCCUCUGGAUCAAUCCAAGUGAAGCAAUUUGGCUUGGCGCUUCGUCUUGAUCGCGACGCGAUGGGCCUCAAGUUUUCCGGUGUUGUCUCUGGAGGUGUCGUUGUCAACACGUUUGUCUUUGGCGUCCGCGCUCCUUUCAACAUCCCUGGAGCAAAUGUCGAGCUCAUCCUUCCCAAGAUUGAGGUGAUGGGCUACAGUAUCAACGAAUUUUUGGGCUUGCCGUCUGACGGUACUCCUCUCGAGCUGCGCGAACCUGCCCUCGAUCAGAUUGCUCGAAACCUGAAAGGAAAAGCAGCUGAACUUGCCGCCCAAGUCGAAGCAGAAGCUGUUCGUCGCCUGGAGGAGGCCAAGCUUCGUGCUCGAGAAAAGAUGCAAGCGCUGCUCGCUCAAGGUCAAGCCGAACUGGAUGCCCGCGCCGCUGCUCUCGUGGCUGCCACGUCCAAUAGGGUUCUGACCCUCGGUGGCUUGGUUGACACGCUUGGCAUUUCGACUUUUACCUCUGCAUCCCUCAAUCCCAACAUUGCCGGACUUCCCAACUUUGCCGCCUUUGGUCUGACGGAUGUGCUCAUUGAUUUUGCUCAACCCUCGUCAACUGGCCUGUCGGCGCUUCGAACCUUUGGUGCAACCAUCAUCUUUACAGGUGAUGAUUGGUACUUGACUCCUGGCACCGGAGUUCGAGUCACUCAGUUUGCCGUUCGCUUGCGUGUCGACUUGGCUGCCGCAGCAGGCGCCAGCAAGUUCUCGGGCAUGCUUUCUGGAGGCAUUCAAGUUUCGACCUUCACGUUUGCGGCACGCAUUCCCUUUGGCAUUCCCGGCGCUCAGGUUGAGAUCAUUUUACCCAAGGUCGAAGUGUUGGGUAUGAAUGUCAACGAAAUGCUCGGACUGGAUGCUUCGACGGCUCUUCAGGUUUCUCGGCCCGACCUCAAUCAGAUUGCCAGCGCAGUUUCCGCGAAGGCUAUUGAGUUGGCCGCCAAGGUUGAGGCAGAAGCCCGUCGUCGUGUCGAAGAAGCUAAACAGCGUGCCCGAGAAACCGUGCGCGGCUUACUUGCAGCGUCGCAAGCCGAGCUCACACUUCGCACGCAAGCGUUGGUUGCAGCCACCCAGAACAAAGUUCUACGUCUCGGUGUUCUGGUGGAUGCCAUCAACCUUCCCGGACUUUCUUCCAGUGAUCUUGAUACCAAGAUCGCGGGUCUGCCAAAUUUCGCCAACUUUGGAUUGACUGACGUUGUGAUUGAGUUUGCGACGCCCAGCCCCCUGUCUCCCCAAGGAUUCCCAGGGUUCCAAACCCUCGGCUGCACAAUCAUUUACUCGUCCACCGAUCCGUGGAAGCUCACACCGAGUGGUGGUUUGGCUAUUACGCAGUUUGGCGUUCAACUUCGACUCGACUUUCUCCCGACUUCGCGCAAGUUCUCUGGGCUUAUUAGUGGUGCAAUCACAAUGAACUCUCAGUACACAUUCGCCAUUCGUGUGCCAUUUGGCUUGCCGAACGCGCAAGUUGAAUUCAUCUUGCCGAAAGUGGUCGUGGCUGGUGUCAAUAUCAACGAUCUGCUGGGCGUUCCGAGCGAUGGCUCGCCGGUUUCUCCAGGUUCAAUCGACCCGCAAGCCCUUGCGUCCACCCUUCAGGGCAAGGCUGCCGAGCUCGCGACCAAGGCCGAAGCAGAGGUUCAACGUCGUGUUGAGGAGACCAAGCUGCUUGUAAAGCAGCAAAUGCGCUCUCUUCUCGCCCAGGGCCAGGCUGAACUCGAUCUCCGCACCCAGCAAAUUAUUGCCGCAACGCAGAACAAGGUUCUUACCUUUGGCUCCAUUGUUGACGCUAUCGGCAUCAACCUCGUUUCGUCCGCCGACCUGAAUCCAGGCGUUGCUGGCUUGCCCAACUUUGCAGCCUUUGCUGUGACCGAUUUUGUUAUUGAAUUUGCCCCUCUCAAUGUCUCUGAUCCGUCCGCAUCAAAUCCCCUCCAAGGAUUUGACCGUCUGCGCGUUGUGGGCGGCACCAUCAUCUACACGUCGGCAUCACCUUGGAAUCUCACACCGAAUGGGUUGAUGGCAGUGUCUCAGUUUGCUGUCAAACUUCGUGUCGAACGCCUUGACGGCUCGCUCCGCUUUUCUGGCUUCCUUUCUGGUGGCAUUCGAAUUUCGACCUUCUCGUUUGGUAUCCGCGUGCCUUUCAACACACCUGGCCAAGUGACGGAGCUCAUUCUUCCAAAGAUUGAAGUGUUUGGCGUUGAUGUCAACUCUAUGCUGGGCUUGUCUGCCGAUGAGACGGUGGACCUCUCCAAAGUUGAGCCAGCUGCUCUCAAAGGCAAAGCGGCAGAGCUUGCUGCGAUUGCCGAGGUCGAGGCGCGCCGUCGCCUGGAAGAGAUUCGUCUGCAAGCCAAAGAACGCAUUCGCUCAGUCAUGGCUGCCUCCAAAGCGGAGCUUGAGCAACGAGCUCUUGCCUUGGUUGCAGCAACCCAGUCCAAAGUUUUGCUGUUUGGAGUACUGGUAGACGCCGUUGGCAUCCCCGGAUUUACAUCGUCCUCGCUGAAUCCCGGAAUUGUCGGUUUGCCCAACUUUGCUCAGUUCGGUCUCACCGACCUCCUUGUGGACUUUGCCGCUCCCUUGGCCAACGGCUCUUCCGGCUUUGCUUGGCCGCGUUCCAUCGGAGCUACGAUCGUUUACAUUGCUGCCACGCCUUGGUACUUGACCAAGUCGAAUUCCAUCCAGGUCACCCAAUUCGGGUUGCGAAUUCGAGUCGAUUGGUCGCCGUCGCCCAAGUUUUCAGGUCUUGUCAGUGGCGGUGUCGCGAUCAACUCGUUUGUUUUCGCUGCACGAAUUCCGUUCAACAUGCCCAACCAACAAACCGAAUUUAUUCUUCCGAAAGUGGAGGUGCUGGGCAUGAGUCUGAACGAUCUUCUUGGGUUGCCAUCAGAUGGCACGCCUGUGCAGACGUCCUGGGACAGUCUCCAGCAAGCCAGUGCACAGACUGCUGGAGAACUGGCUGCGAAACUCCAAGCUGAGCUGCUGCAACAAGCCGAGGCUGCCAAACAGCUGGCACGCGACCGUGCGCGGUCGCUGCUUGCUCAGAGUCAAAGUGAACUUGCAUCACGCGCUCAGGCUCUCGUUCGCGCGACAAAGGACAAGGUGCUCACUCUUGGUGCCGUUGUUGACGCGAUUGGACUGGAUUCUGUCCGAAGCUCCGAUUUGAAUCCGAAUGUGGUUGGGUUGCCCAACUUUGCCAUGUUCGGCGUGACGGAUGUUGGAGUUGAUUUCGUCGCGAACAAUGCCACUGAAUCAUUAACUGGAGCAUUCGGAUCUUUGCGCCGAUUCGGUGUUACCAUCGUGUACAUGGAUACGCUGCCGUGGAAUCUGUCGCCAAGCGGUUCGGUCAAAGUGACGCAAUUUGGCGUUCGCCUCCAAGUGGUGUCCGUUGGAGACGCAAAGCAAUUCUCUGGCUUUAUCAGCGGAGGUGUUUCAAUCAGCACCUUUGUUUUCAGCGUUCGAGUUCCCUUCAAUUUGCCCGGUGAAACCGUCUCGUUCGUGCUGCCGAAAGUUCAGGUUCUGGGCUUCGAUGUCAAUGAGUUGCUAGGACUUUCGUCUGACGGAGUCAUCACUGCACCGAAUGAGAGUGUUGAGCAAAUCGCUUCGAAUUUGCGAGGAAAGGCAGCAGAUCUUGCGGCGCAAACACAGGCCGAGGCUCAUCGUCGAGUCGAGCAGGCCAAGCAACUGGCCAAAGAGCGCGCUCGCGCGUUGCUUGCUCGUGGCAAAGCAGAGCUUGACGCACGAACUGCAGCCCUCGUGAAAGCAACGGCAGACGGCCAGGUCUUGCGUCUGGGUGAUCUCGUGGACAGUAUUAGCAUUUCUGGCUUGAACUCUGCUGUGCUGAACCCUGGCAUUGCAGGGCUGCCCAACUUUGCAUUGUUUGGUAUCACCGACCUGGUUAUCGACUGCGUUCAAAACAAGUCUGGCGAUUCCCCACUGGCCGGCCUUCGCGCCCUGGGUGUGACUCUCGUGUACACCAACAGCGAACCUUGGAAGCUGACAAGCAGUGGUAAUAUUACUGUGUCGUCGUUCGGCAUCGCACUGCGCAUGGAUCAAAGUCAGAAUGGUCGCAAGUUCUCCGGCAUGGUGAGCGGUGGCAUUACCGUCAAUCAGUUUACGUUUGGCGUUCGAGUUCCGUUCUUCAUGCCUGGCAAGAAUAUUGAGUUCAUUUUGCCGAAGGUUGAGAUUCUUGGAUACAACGUCAACGAGCUGCUUGGAUUGCCGAGCGACGGUUCCCCUGUCGAAGCCACUCAAGAGAACGUCGAGCGUCUUGCGUCUGACCUGAAGGGCAAGGCUGCGGAGCUGGCCGCCCAAGUUGAAGCGGAAGCGCGUCGUCGUAUUGAGGAAGCCAAGCAGCAAGCCAAGGAGCGUGCUCGCGCUCUUCUGGCACGCGGCAAGGCUGAACUUGAUGCUCGUGCAUCUGCCCUCGUUGAAGCGACCAAGGGCGGCAAGGUUCUCCUUCUUGGCGAUCUUGUCGAUGCCAUCGGUAUUCCCGGAUUUGAUUCGUCCACUCUGAAUCCUGGCAUUGUCGGUCUUCCGAACUUUGCCCUGUUCGGUUUGACGGACAUCAUCAUCGAUUACUCGCAACAAAACGGCACCAAUUCGUCGGUUCUUGCUGGUCUUCGUACCAUCGGUGUCACGAUUGUGUACACGAACUCGCAGCCCUGGAAGCUGACCAGCAGCGGCAACAUCACUGUUUCCUCAUUUGGUGUCACGCUGCGUGUUGAUCAGACUCCAAGUGGCCGCAAGUUCUCUGGCAUGGUCAGCGGUGGCAUCACUGUCAAUCAGUUUACGUUUGGAGUCCGCGUUCCGUUCUUCAUGCCUGGCAAGAACAUUGAGUUCAUUUUGCCGAAGGUUGAGAUUCUUGGAUACAACGUCAACGAGCUGCUUGGAUUGCCGAGCGACGGUUCCCCUGUCGAAGCCACUCAGCAGAAUGUCGAACGGCUUGCGUCUGACCUCAAGGGCAAGGCUGCUGAGCUGGCUGCUCAAGUUGAGGCUGAAGCACGUCGCCGCAUUGAGGAGGCCAAGCAGCAAGCCAAGGAGCGUGCUCGCGCUCUUCUGGCACGCGGCAAGGCCGAACUCGAUGCUCGUGCUGCUGCGCUCGUUGAAGCGACCAAGGGUGGCAAGGUUCUCCUUCUCGGCGAUCUUGUCGAUGCCAUCGGCAUUCCCGGAUUCGAUUCUUCUACUUUGAACCCCGGCAUUGUUGGUCUGCCGAACUUUGCUCUUUUCGGCUUGACGGACAUUAUCAUCGACUAUACUCAGCAGAAUGGUACCAACUCGUCAGUUCUGGCUGGCCUUCGUACGAUUGGUGUCACGAUUGUGUACACGAACUCGCAGCCGUGGAAGCUGACCAGUAGCGGCAACAUUACUGUCUCCUCAUUUGGUGUCACCCUUCGUGUCGAUCAAACACCGAGCGGCCGCAAGUUCUCUGGCAUGGUCAGCGGUGGCAUCACUGUCAAUCAGUUCACGUUUGGAGUCCGCGUUCCGUUCUUCAUGCCUGGCAAGAACAUUGAGUUUAUCUUGCCGAAGGUUGAGAUUCUUGGAUACAAUGUGAACGAACUGCUUGGACUGCCCAGCGACGGUUCCCCUGUCGAAGCCACUCAAGAGAACGUUGAGCGUCUUGCAUCGGAUCUCAAGGGCAAGGCUGCUGAGCUUGCUGCCCAAGUUGAGGCUGAGGCGCGUCGUCGUAUUGAGGAGGCCAAGCAACAGGCCAAGGAGCGUGCUCGCGCGCUUUUGGCUCGUGGCAAGGCUGAGCUUGAAACCCGUGCUGCUGCACUCGUUGAGGCAACCAAGGGUGGCAAAGUUCUCCUUCUCGGCGAUCUCGUCGAUGCUAUCGGCAUUCCAGGAUUCGACUCGUCCACACUCAACCCUGGUAUUGUUGGUCUUCCGAACUUUGCUCUGUUCGGUUUGACUGAUAUCAUCAUCGACUAUACUCAGCAGAAUGGCACCAACUCGUCCGUUCUUGCUGGUCUUCGCACCAUCGGAGUGACCAUCAUCUACACGAACUCCCAGCCCUGGAAGCUGACUAGCAGCGGCAACAUUACUGUCUCAUCGUUCGGUGUCACGCUGCGUGUCGAUCAGACUCCCAGCGGUCGCAAGUUCUCUGGCAUGGUCAGCGGUGGCAUCACUGUCAAUCAGUUCACGUUUGGCGUUCGUGUUCCGUUCUUCAUGCCUGGCAAGAACAUUGAGUUUAUCUUGCCGAAGCUUGAGAUUCUUGGAUACAACGUGAAUGAGCUGCUUGGAUUGCCGAGCGACGGUUCGCCUGUCGAAGCCACUCAGCAGAACGUCGAGCGUCUUGCAUCUGACCUUAAGGGCAAGGCUGCUGAGCUGGCUGCUCAAGUUGAGGCUGAAGCUCGUCGCCGCAUUGAGGAGGCUAAGCAGCAAGCCAAGGAGCUGACCAUCAUCUACACGAACUCCCAGCCCUGGAAGCUGACUAGCAGCGGCAACAUCACUGUUUCCUCAUUUGGUGUCACCCUUCGUGUCGAUCAAACACCGAGCGGCCGCAAGUUCUCUGGCAUGGUCAGCGGUGGCAUCACUGUCAAUCAGUUUACGUUUGGCGUUCGAGUUCCGUUCUUCAUGCCUGGCAAGAAUAUUGAGUUCAUUUUGCCGAAGGUUGAGAUUCUUGGAUACAACGUCAACGAGCUGCUUGGAUUGCCGAGCGACGGUUCCCCUGUCGAAGCCACUCAGCAGAAUGUCGAACGGCUUGCGUCUGACCUCAAGGGCAAGGCUGCUGAGCUGGCUGCUCAAGUUGAGGCUGAAGCACGUCGCCGCAUUGAGGAGGCCAAGCAGCAAGCCAAGGAGCGUGCUCGCGCUCUUCUGGCACGCGGCAAGGCCGAACUUGAUGCUCGUGCAUCUGCCCUCGUUGAAGCGACCAAGGGUGGCAAGGUUCUCCUUCUCGGCGAUCUUGUCGAUGCCAUCGGUAUUCCUGGGUUCGACUCGUCUACACUCAACCCUGGCAUUGUUGGUCUUCCGAACUUUGCUCUGUUCGGUUUGACGGACAUUAUCAUCGACUAUACGCAGCAGAAUGGCACCAACUCGUCCGUUCUUGCUGGUCUUCGCACCAUUGGAGUCACGAUUGUGUACACGAACUCGCAGCCCUGGAAGCUGACUAGCAGCGGCACAUUACUGUCUCAUCGUUCGGUGUCACGCUGCGUGUCGAUCAUUACUCCCAGCGGUCGCAAGUUCUCUGGCAUGGUCAGCGGUGGCAUCACUGUCAAUCAGUUCACGUUUGGCGUUCGUGUUCCGUUCUUCAUGCCUGGCAAGAACAUUGAGUUUAUCUUGCCGAAGCUUGAGAUUCUUGGAUACAACGUGAAUGAGCUGCUUGGAUUGCCGAGCGACGGUUCGCCUGUCGAAGCCACUCAGCAGAACGUCGAGCGUCUUGCGUCUGACCUUAAGGGCAAGGCUGCUGAGCUGGCUGCUCAAGUUGAAGCUGAAGCACGUCGCCGCAUUGAGGAGGCCAAGCAGCAAGCCAAGGAGCGUGCUCGCGCGCUUCUGGCUCGCGGCAAGGCCGAACUUGAUGCUCGUGCUGCUGCGCUCGUUGAGGCAACCAAAGGGUGGCAAAGAUUCGACUCGUCCACACUCAACCCUGGCAUUGUUGGUCUUCCGAACUUUGCUCUGUUCGGUUUGACGGACAUCAUCAUCGACUAUUCUCAGCAGAAUGGCACCAACUCGUCCGUUCUUGCUGGUCUUCGUACCAUCGGAGUGACCAUCGUCUACACGAACUCCCAGCCCUGGAAGCUGACUAGCAGCGGCAACAUUACUGUCUCAUCGUUCGGUGUCACGCUGCGUGUCGAUCAGACUCCCAGCGGUCGCAAGUUCUCUGGCAUGGUCAGCGGUGGCAUCACUGUCAAUCAGUUCACGUUUGGCGUUCGUGUUCCGUUCUUCAUGCCUGGCAAGAACAUUGAGUUUAUCUUGCCGAAGCUUGAGAUUCUUGGAUACAACGUGAAUGAGCUGCUUGGAUUGCCGAGCGACGGUUCACCUGUCGAAGCCACUCAGCAGAAUGUCGAGCGUCUUGCGUCUGACCUUAAGGGCAAGGCGGCCGAGCUUGCCGCUCAAGUGGAGGCUGAGGCGCGUCGCCGUAUCGAAGAAGCCAAGCAACAGGCCAAGGAGCGUGCUCGUGCGCUUUUGGCUCGUGGCAAGGCCGAACUUGAUGCUCGUGCGGCUGCGCUUGUUGAAGCAACUCAGGGUGGCAAGGUCCUCCUUCUCGGUGAUCUCGUCGAUGCUAUUGGCAUUCCCGGAUUUGAUUCGUCCACUUUGAACCCCGGCAUUGUUGGUUUGCCGAACUUUGCUCUUUUCGGCUUGACGGACAUUAUCAUCGACUAUACUCAGCAGAAUGGUACCAACUCGUCCGUUCUGGCUGGCCUUCGUACGAUUGGUGUCACGAUUGUGUACACGAACUCCCAGCCCUGGAAGCUGACGAGCAGCGGCAACAUCACUGUUUCCUCAUUUGGUGUCACGCUGCGCGUUGAUCAGACUCCCAGCGGUCGCAAGUUCUCUGGCAUGGUGAGCGGUGGCAUCACUGUCAAUCAGUUCACGUUUGGCGUUCGUGUUCCGUUCUUCAUGCCUGGCAAGAACAUUGAGUUCAUCCUGCCGAAACUUGAGAUCCUUGGCUACAAUGUCAAUGAGCUUCUUGGCCUGCCCAGCGACGGUUCGCCUGUCGAAGCCACUCAAGAGAACGUCGAGCGUCUUGCGUCUGACCUGAAGGGCAAGGCUGCGGAGCUGGCCGCCCAAGUUGAAGCGGAAGCGCGUCGUCGUAUUGAGGAGGCCAAGCAGCAAGCCAAGGAGCGUGCUCGCGCGCUUCUGGCACGCGGCAAGGCUGAACUCGAUGCUCGUGCUGCUGCGCUUGUUGAAGCGACUCAGGGUGGCAAGGUUCUCCUUCUAGGUGAUCUCGUCGAUGCUAUUGGCAUUCCCGGAUUUGAUUCGUCCACAUUGAAUCCCGGAAUGGUCGGUCUUCCGAACUUUGCUCUGUUCGGCUUGACGGAUAUUAUCAUUGACUAUUCUCAACAGAAUGGCACCAACUCGUCCGUUCUGGCGGGUCUUCGUACCAUCGGAGUGACCAUCGUCUACACGAACUCCCAGCCCUGGAAGCUGACUAGCAGCGGCAACAUCACUGUUUCCUCAUUUGGUGUCACCCUUCGUGUCGAUCAAACACCGAGCGGCCGCAAGUUCUCUGGCAUGGUCAGCGGUGGCAUCACUGUCAAUCAGUUUACGUUUGGCGUUCGAGUUCCGUUCUUCAUGCCUGGCAAGAAUAUUGAGUUCAUUUUGCCGAAGGUUGAGAUUCUUGGAUACAACGUCAACGAGCUGCUUGGAUUGCCGAGCGACGGUUCCCCUGUCGAAGCCACUCAGCAGAAUGUCGAACGGCUUGCGUCUGACCUCAAGGGCAAGGCUGCUGAGCUGGCUGCUCAAGUUGAGGCUGAAGCACGUCGCCGCAUUGAGGAGGCCAAGCAGCAAGCCAAGGAGCGUGCUCGCGCUCUUCUGGCACGCGGCAAGGCCGAACUCGAUGCUCGUGCUGCUGCGCUCGUUGAAGCGACCAAGGGUGGCAAGGUUCUCCUUCUCGGCGAUCUUGUCGAUGCCAUCGGCAUUCCCGGAUUCGAUUCUUCUACUUUGAACCCCGGCAUUGUUGGUCUGCCGAACUUUGCUCUGUUCGGCUUGACGGACAUUAUCAUCGACUAUACUCAGCAGAAUGGUACCAACUCGUCAGUUCUGGCUGGCCUUCGUACGAUUGGUGUCACGAUUGUGUACACGAACUCGCAGCCGUGGAAGCUGACCAGUAGCGGCAACAUUACUGUCUCCUCAUUUGGUGUCACCCUUCGUGUCGAUCAAACACCGAGCGGUCGCAAGUUCUCUGGCAUGGUGAGCGGUGGCAUUACCGUCAAUCAGUUCACGUUUGGUGUUCGGGUUCCGUUCUUCAUGCCUGGCAAGAACAUUGAGUUUAUCUUGCCGAAGCUUGAGAUUCUUGGAUACAACGUCAACGAGCUGCUUGGAUUGCCGAGCGACGGUUCCCCUGUCGAAGCCACUCAGCAGAAUGUCGAACGGCUUGCGUCUGACCUCAAGGGCAAGGCUGCUGAGCUGGCUGCUCAAGUUGAGGCUGAAGCACGUCGCCGCAUUGAGGAGGCCAAGCAGCAAGCCAAGGAGCGUGCUCGCGCUCUUCUGGCACGCGGCAAGGCCGAACUUGAUGCUCGUGCAUCUGCCCUCGUUGAAGCGACCAAGGGUGGCAAGGUUCUCCUUCUCGGCGAUCUUGUCGAUGCCAUCGGUAUUCCUGGGUUCGACUCGUCUACACUCAACCCUGGCAUUGUUGGUCUUCCGAACUUUGCUCUGUUCGGUUUGACGGACAUUAUCAUCGACUAUACGCAGCAGAAUGGCACCAACUCGUCAGUUCUUGCUGGUCUUCGUACGAUUGGCGUCACGAUUGUGUACACGAACUCGCAGCCCUGGAAGCUGACUAGCAGUGGCAACAUUACUGUCUCGUCGUUCGGUGUGACGCUGCGUGUUGAUCAGACUCCAAGUGGCCGCAAGUUCUCUGGCAUGGUCAGCGGUGGCAUCACUGUCAAUCAGUUUACGUUUGGAGUCCGCGUUCCGUUCUUCAUGCCUGGCAAGAACAUUGAGUUCAUUUUGCCGAAGGUUGAGAUUCUCGGCUACAAUGUCAAUGAGCUUCUUGGCCUGCCCAGCGACGGUUCGCCUGUCGAAGCCACUCAAGAGAACGUCGAGCGUCUUGCAUCUGACCUUAAGGGCAAGGCUGCUGAGCUUGCUGCUCAAGUUGAGGCUGAAGCACGUCGUCGUAUUGAGGAGGCCAAGCAACAGGCUAAGGAGCGUGCUCGCGCGCUUUUGGCUCGUGGCAAGGCUGAGCUUGAUGCUCGUGCAUCUGCCCUCGUUGAAGCGACCAAGGGCGGCAAGGUCCUCCUUCUCGGUGAUCUCGUUGAUGCUAUUGGCAUUCCCGGAUUUGAUUCGUCCACUUUGAAUCCUGGCAUUGUUGGUCUGCCGAACUUUGCUCUUUUCGGUUUGACUGACAUCAUCAUCGACUAUAGUCAGCAAAACGGCACCAAUUCGUCCGUUCUUGCUGGUCUUCGUACGAUUGGUGUCACGAUCGUGUACACGAACUCGCAACCUUGGAAGCUGACUAGCAGCGGCAACAUUACUGUCUCGUCGUUCGGUGUCACCCUUCGUGUUGAUCAGACUUCAAGUGGCCGCAAGUUCUCCGGCAUGGUCAGCGGUGGCAUCACUGUCAAUCAGUUUACGUUUGGAGUCCGUGUUCCGUUCUUCAUGCCUGGCAAGAACAUUGAGUUCAUUUUGCCAAAGCUUGAGAUUCUUGGCUACAAUGUCAAUGAGCUUCUUGGCCUGCCCAGCGACGGUUCGCCUGUCGAAGCCACUCAAGAGAACGUCGAGCGUCUUGCGUCUGACCUGAAGGGCAAGGCUGCGGAGCUGGCCGCCCAAGUUGAAGCGGAAGCGCGUCGUCGUAUUGAGGAGGCCAAGCAGCAAGCCAAGGAGCGUGCUCGCGCGCUUCUGGCACGCGGCAAGGCUGAACUCGAUGCUCGUGCUGCUGCGCUCGUUGAAGCGACGUCCGGCGGCAAGGUUCUUCUUCUCGGUGAUCUCGUUGAUGCUAUUGGCAUUCCCGGAUUUGAUUCGUCCACUCUGAAUCCUGGCAUUGUCGGUCUGCCGAACUUUGCUCUGUUCGGUUUGACUGAUAUCAUCAUCGACUAUACUCAGCAGAAUGGCACCAACUCGUCCGUUCUUGCAGGACUUCGUACUAUCGGUGUCACGAUCGUGUACACGAACUCGCAACCUUGGAAGCUGACUAGCAGCGGCAACAUUACUGUCUCGUCGUUCGGUGUCACGCUGCGUGUCGAUCAGACUCCCAGCGGUCGCAAGUUCUCUGGCAUGGUUAGCGGUGGCAUUACCGUCAAUCAGUUUACGUUUGGCGUUCGUGUUCCGUUCUUCAUGCCUGGCAAGAAUAUUGAGUUCAUCCUGCCGAAACUUGAGAUCCUUGGCUACAAUGUCAAUGAGCUUCUUGGCCUGCCCAGCGACGGUUCGCCUGUCGAAGCCACUCAAGAGAACGUCGAGCGUCUUGCGUCUGACCUGAAGGGCAAGGCUGCGGAGCUGGCCGCCCAAGUUGAAGCGGAAGCGCGUCGUCGUAUUGAGGAGGCCAAGCAGCAAGCCAAGGAGCGUGCUCGCGCGCUUCUGGCACGCGGCAAGGCUGAACUCGAUGCUCGUGCUGCUGCGCUUGUUGAAGCGACUCAGGGUGGCAAGGUUCUCCUUCUAGGUGAUCUCGUCGAUGCUAUUGGCAUUCCCGGAUUUGAUUCGUCCACAUUGAAUCCCGGAAUGGUCGGUCUUCCGAACUUUGCCCUGUUCGGCUUGACGGAUAUUAUCAUUGACUAUUCUCAACAGAAUGGCACCAACUCGUCCGUUCUGGCGGGUCUUCGUACCAUCGGAGUGACCAUCGUCUACACGAACUCCCAGCCCUGGAAGCUGACUAGCAGCGGCAACAUCACUGUUUCCUCAUUUGGUGUCACCCUUCGUGUCGAUCAAACACCGAGCGGCCGCAAGUUCUCUGGCAUGGUCAGCGGUGGCAUCACUGUCAAUCAGUUCACGUUUGGCGUUCGAGUUCCGUUCUUCAUGCCUGGCAAGAACAUUGAGUUUAUCUUGCCGAAGCUUGAGAUUCUUGGAUACAACGUCAACGAGCUGCUUGGAUUGCCGAGCGACGGUUCCCCUGUCGAAGCCACUCAGCAGAAUGUCGAACGGCUUGCGUCUGACCUCAAGGGCAAGGCUGCUGAGCUGGCUGCCCAAGUUGAGGCUGAGGCGCGUCGUCGUAUUGAGGAGGCUAAGCAGCAAGCCAAGGAGCGUGCUCGCGCUCUUCUGGCCCGUGGCAAGGCGGAACUUGAUGCUCGUGCUGCUGCGCUUGUUGAAGCAACCAAGGGUGGCAAGGUCCUCCUUCUCGGCGAUCUCGUCGAUGCUAUCGGCAUUCCAGGAUUCGACUCGUCCACACUCAACCCUGGUAUUGUUGGUCUUCCGAACUUUGCCCUGUUCGGAUUGACGGACGUUAUCGUUGAUUAUUCUCAGCAAAAUGGCACUUCGUCCGCUCUUGCUGGUCUUCGCACCAUCGGAGUGACCAUCGUCUACACGAACUCCCAGCCGUGGAAGCUGACUAGCAGCGGCAACAUCACUGUUUCCUCAUUUGGUGUCACCCUUCGUGUCGAUCAAACACCGAGCGGCCGCAAGUUCUCUGGCAUGGUCAGCGGUGGCAUCACUGUCAAUCAGUUCACGUUUGGAGUCCGCGUUCCGUUCUUCAUGCCUGGCAAGAACAUUGAGUUUAUCUUGCCGAAGGUUGAGAUUCUUGGAUACAAUGUGAACGAACUGCUUGGACUGCCCAGCGACGGUUCCCCUGUCGAAGCCACUCAAGAGAACGUUGAGCGUCUUGCAUCGGAUCUCAAGGGCAAGGCUGCUGAGCUUGCUGCCCAAGUUGAGGCUGAGGCGCGUCGUCGUAUUGAGGAGGCCAAGCAACAGGCCAAGGAGCGUGCUCGCGCGCUUUUGGCUCGUGGCAAGGCUGAGCUUGAAACCCGUGCUGCUGCACUCGUUGAGGCAACCAAGGGUGGCAAAGUUCUCCUUCUCGGCGAUCUCGUCGAUGCUAUCGGCAUUCCAGGAUUCGACUCGUCCACACUCAACCCUGGUAUUGUUGGUCUUCCGAACUUUGCUCUGUUCGGUUUGACUGAUAUCAUCAUCGACUAUACUCAGCAGAAUGGCACCAACUCGUCCGUUCUUGCUGGUCUUCGCACCAUCGGAGUGACCAUCAUCUACACGAACUCCCAGCCCUGGAAGCUGACUAGCAGCGGCAACAUUACUGUCUCAUCGUUCGGUGUCACGCUGCGUGUCGAUCAGACUCCCAGCGGUCGCAAGUUCUCUGGCAUGGUCAGCGGUGGCAUCACUGUCAAUCAGUUCACGUUUGGCGUUCGUGUUCCGUUCUUCAUGCCUGGCAAGAACAUUGAGUUCAUCCUGCCGAAACUUGAGAUUCUCGGCUACAAUGUCAACGAGCUGCUUGGAUUGCCGAGCGACGGUUCGCCUGUUGAAGCCACUCAGCAGAACGUCGAGCGUCUUGCGUCUGACCUUAAGGGCAAGGCUGCUGAGCUUGCUGCUCAAGUUGAGGCUGAAGCACGUCGUCGUAUUGAGGAGGCCAAGCAGCAAGCCAAGGAGCGUGCUCGCGCUCUUCUGGCCCGUGGCAAGGCGGAACUUGAUGCUCGUGCUGCUGCGCUUGUUGAAGCAACCAAGGGUGGCAAAGUUCUCCUUCUCGGCGAUCUCGUCGAUGCUAUCGGCAUUCCAGGAUUCGACUCGUCCACACUCAACCCUGGCAUUGUUGGUCUUCCGAACUUUGCUCUGUUCGGAUUGACGGACAUUAUCGUUGAUUAUUCUCAGCAAAAUGGCACCAACUCGUCCGUUCUUGCUGGUCUUCGCACCAUCGGAGUGACCAUCGUCUACACGAACUCCCAGCCGUGGAAGCUGACUAGCAGCGGCAACAUCACUGUUUCCUCAUUUGGUGUCACGCUGCGUGUCGAUCAAACACCGAGCGGCCGCAAGUUCUCUGGCAUGGUCAGCGGUGGCAUCACUGUCAAUCAGUUCACGUUUGGAGUCCGCGUUCCGUUCUUCAUGCCUGGCAAGAACAUUGAGUUUAUCUUGCCGAAGGUUGAGAUUCUUGGAUACAAUGUGAACGAACUGCUUGGACUGCCCAGCGACGGUUCCCCUGUCGAAGCCACUCAAGAGAACGUUGAGCGUCUUGCAUCGGAUCUCAAGGGCAAGGCUGCUGAGCUUGCUGCCCAAGUUGAGGCUGAGGCGCGUCGUCGUAUUGAGGAGGCCAAGCAACAGGCCAAGGAGCGUGCUCGCGCGCUUUUGGCUCGUGGCAAGGCUGAGCUUGAAACCCGUGCUGCUGCACUCGUUGAGGCAACCAAGGGUGGCAAAGUUCUCCUUCUCGGCGAUCUCGUCGAUGCUAUCGGCAUUCCAGGAUUCGACUCGUCCACACUCAACCCUGGUAUUGUUGGUCUUCCGAACUUUGCUCUGUUCGGUUUGACUGAUAUCAUCAUCGACUAUACUCAGCAGAAUGGCACCAACUCGUCCGUUCUUGCUGGUCUUCGCACCAUCGGAGUGACCAUCAUCUACACGAACUCCCAGCCCUGGAAGCUGACUAGCAGCGGCAACAUUACUGUCUCAUCGUUCGGUGUCACGCUGCGUGUCGAUCAGACUCCCAGCGGUCGCAAGUUCUCUGGCAUGGUCAGCGGUGGCAUCACUGUCAAUCAGUUCACGUUUGGCGUUCGUGUUCCGUUCUUCAUGCCUGGCAAGAACAUUGAGUUUAUCUUGCCGAAGCUUGAGAUUCUUGGAUACAACGUGAAUGAGCUGCUUGGAUUGCCGAGCGACGGUUCGCCUGUUGAAGCGACGCAGCAGAACGUCGAGCGUCUUGCAUCUGACCUUAAGGGCAAGGCUGCUGAGCUGGCUGCUCAAGUUGAGGCUGAAGCUCGUCGCCGCGUUGAGGAGGCUAAGCAACAGGCCAAGGAGCGUGCUCGUGCGCUUUUGGCUCGCGGCAAGGCCGAACUUGAUGCUCGUGCUGCUGCACUAGUUGAGGCAACAUCCGGCGGCAAGGUUCUCCUUCUUGGUGAUCUCGUUGAUGCUAUUGGCAUUCCUGGGUUCGACUCGUCCACUCUGAAUCCUGGCAUUGUCGGUUUGCCGAACUUUGCUUUGUUCGGUUUGACGGACAUCAUCAUCGACUACUCGCAGCAAAACGGCACCAAUUCAUCGGUUCUUGCUGGUCUUCGUACCAUCGGUGUCACGAUUGUGUACACGAACUCGCAGCCCUGGAAGCUGACUAGCAGCGGCAACAUCACUGUUUCCUCAUUUGGUGUCACGCUGCGUGUCGAUCAGACUCCCAGCGGCCGCAAGUUCUCCGGCAUGGUGAGCGGUGGCAUCACUGUCAAUCAGUUCACGUUUGGAGUCCGCGUUCCGUUCUUCAUGCCUGGCAAGAACAUUGAGUUCAUUUUGCCGAAGGUAGAGAUUCUCGGCUACAAUGUGAACGAACUCCUUGGAUUGCCGAGCGACGGUUCCCCUGUCGAAGCCACUCAGCAGAAUGUCGAGCGUCUUGCAUCUGACCUUAAGGGCAAGGCUGCUGAGCUUGCUGCUCAAGUUGAGGCUGAAGCACGUCGUCGUAUUGAGGAGGCCAAGCAACAGGCUAAGGAGCGUGCUCGCGCGCUUUUGGCUCGUGGCAAGGCUGAGCUUGAUGCUCGUGCAUCUGCCCUCGUUGAAGCGACCAAGGGUGGCAAGGUUCUCCUUCUCGGCGAUCUCGUUGAUGCUAUUGGCAUUCCUGGGUUCGACUCGUCUACUCUCAACCCUGGCAUUGUUGGUCUUCCGAACUUUGCUCUGUUCGGUUUGACGGACAUUAUCAUCGACUAUACGCAGCAGAAUGGCACCAACUCGUCAGUUCUUGCUGGUCUUCGUACGAUUGGCGUCACGAUUGUGUACACGAACUCGCAGCCCUGGAAGCUGACUAGCAGUGGCAACAUUACUGUCUCGUCGUUCGGUGUGACCCUUCGUGUUGAUCAGACUCCAAGUGGCCGCAAGUUCUCCGGCAUGGUCAGCGGUGGCAUCACUGUCAAUCAGUUCACGUUUGGCGUUCGAGUUCCGUUCUUCAUGCCUGGCAAGAAUAUUGAGUUCAUCCUGCCGAAACUUGAGAUUCUUGGCUACAAUGUCAAUGAGCUUCUUGGCCUGCCCAGCGACGGUUCGCCUGUCGAAGCGACUCAAGAGAACGUCGAGCGUCUUGCGUCUGACCUGAAGGGCAAGGCUGCGGAGCUGGCCGCCCAAGUUGAAGCGGAAGCGCGUCGUCGUAUUGAGGAAGCCAAGCAACAGGCUAAGGAGCGUGCUCGCGCGCUUUUGGCUCGUGGCAAGGCUGAGCUUGAUGCUCGUGCAUCUGCCCUCGUUGAAGCGACCAAGGGCGGCAAGGUUCUCCUUCUCGGCGAUCUUGUGGAUGCCAUCGGUAUUCCUGGGUUCGACUCGUCCACUCUGAAUCCUGGCAUUGUCGGUCUGCCGAACUUUGCCCUGUUCGGUUUGACGGACAUCAUCAUCGAUUACUCGCAACAAAACGGCACCAAUUCGUCGGUUCUGGCGGGUCUUCGUACCAUCGGAGUGACCAUCGUCUACACGAACUCCCAGCCCUGGAAGCUGACUAGCAGCGGCAACAUCACUGUUUCCUCAUUUGGUGUCACGCUGCGUGUCGAUCAAACUCCCAGCGGUCGCAAGUUCUCUGGCAUGGUGAGCGGUGGCAUCACUGUCAAUCAGUUCACGUUUGGUGUUCGGGUUCCGUUCUUCAUGCCUGGCAAGAACAUUGAGUUUAUCUUGCCGAAGCUUGAGAUUCUUGGAUACAACGUCAACGAGCUGCUUGGAUUGCCGAGCGACGGUUCACCUGUCGAAGCCACUCAGCAGAAUGUCGAGCGUCUUGCGUCUGACCUUAAGGGCAAGGCGGCCGAGCUUGCCGCUCAAGUGGAGGCUGAGGCGCGUCGCCGUAUCGAAGAAGCCAAGCAACAGGCCAAGGAGCGUGCUCGUGCGCUUUUGGCUCGUGGCAAGGCCGAACUUGAUGCUCGUGCGGCUGCGCUUGUUGAAGCAACUCAGGGUGGCAAGGUCCUCCUUCUCGGUGAUCUCGUCGAUGCUAUUGGCAUUCCCGGAUUUGAUUCGUCCACUUUGAACCCCGGCAUUGUUGGUUUGCCGAACUUUGCUCUUUUCGGCUUGACGGACAUUAUCAUCGACUAUACUCAGCAGAAUGGUACCAACUCGUCCGUUCUGGCUGGCCUUCGUACGAUUGGUGUCACGAUUGUGUACACGAACUCCCAGCCCUGGAAGCUGACGAGCAGCGGCAACAUCACUGUUUCCUCAUUUGGUGUCACGCUGCGCGUUGAUCAGACUCCCAGCGGUCGCAAGUUCUCUGGCAUGGUGAGCGGUGGCAUCACUGUCAAUCAGUUCACGUUUGGCGUUCGUGUUCCGUUCUUCAUGCCUGGCAAGAACAUUGAGUUCAUCCUGCCGAAACUUGAGAUUCUCGGCUACAAUGUCAACGAGCUGCUUGGAUUGCCGAGCGACGGUUCGCCUGUUGAAGCCACUCAGCAGAACGUCGAGCGUCUUGCGUCUGACCUUAAGGGCAAGGCUGCUGAGCUUGCUGCUCAAGUUGAGGCUGAAGCACGUCGUCGUAUUGAGGAGGCCAAGCAGCAAGCCAAGGAGCGUGCUCGCGCUCUUCUGGCCCGUGGCAAGGCGGAACUUGAUGCUCGUGCUGCUGCGCUUGUUGAAGCAACCAAGGGUGGCAAAGUUCUCCUUCUCGGCGAUCUCGUCGAUGCUAUCGGCAUUCCAGGAUUCGACUCGUCCACACUCAACCCUGGCAUUGUUGGUCUUCCGAACUUUGCUCUGUUCGGAUUGACGGACAUUAUCGUUGAUUAUUCUCAGCAAAAUGGCACCAACUCGUCCGUUCUUGCUGGUCUUCGCACCAUCGGAGUGACCAUCGUCUACACGAACUCGCAGCCCUGGAAGCUGACUAGCAGCGGCAACAUUACUGUCUCAUCGUUCGGUGUCACGCUGCGUGUCGAUCAGACUCCCAGCGGUCGCAAGUUCUCUGGCAUGGUCAGCGGUGGCAUCACUGUCAAUCAGUUCACGUUUGGCGUUCGUGUUCCGUUCUUCAUGCCUGGCAAGAACAUUGAGUUUAUCUUGCCGAAGCUUGAGAUUCUUGGAUACAACGUGAAUGAGCUGCUUGGAUUGCCGAGCGACGGUUCGCCUGUUGAAGCGACGCAGCAGAACGUCGAGCGUCUUGCAUCUGACCUUAAGGGCAAGGCUGCUGAGCUGGCUGCUCAAGUUGAGGCUGAAGCUCGUCGCCGCGUUGAGGAGGCUAAGCAACAGGCCAAGGAGCGUGCUCGUGCGCUUUUGGCUCGCGGCAAGGCCGAACUUGAUGCUCGUGCUGCUGCACUAGUUGAGGCAACAUCCGGCGGCAAGGUUCUCCUUCUUGGUGAUCUCGUUGAUGCUAUUGGCAUUCCUGGGUUCGACUCGUCCACUCUGAAUCCUGGCAUUGUCGGUUUGCCGAACUUUGCUUUGUUCGGUUUGACGGACAUCAUCAUCGACUACUCGCAGCAAAACGGCACCAAUUCAUCGGUUCUUGCUGGUCUUCGUACCAUCGGUGUCACGAUUGUGUACACGAACUCGCAGCCCUGGAAGCUGACUAGCAGCGGCAACAUUACUGUCUCGUCGUUCGGUGUCACCCUUCGUGUUGAUCAGACUUCAAGUGGCCGCAAGUUCUCCGGCAUGGUCAGCGGUGGCAUCACUGUCAAUCAGUUUACGUUUGGAGUCCGUGUUCCGUUCUUCAUGCCUGGCAAGAACAUUGAGUUCAUUUUGCCGAAACUUGAGAUUCUCGGCUACAAUGUGAACGAACUCCUUGGAUUGCCGAGCGACGGUUCCCCUGUCGAAGCCACUCAGCAGAAUGUCGAGCGUCUUGCAUCUGACCUUAAGGGCAAGGCUGCGGAGCUGGCUGCCCAAGUUGAGGCUGAAGCACGUCGUCGUAUUGAGGAGGCCAAGCAACAGGCUAAGGAGCGUGCUCGUGCGCUUUUGGCUCGUGGCAAGGCUGAGCUCGAAACCCGUGCUGCUGCCCUCGUUGAGGCAACAUCCGGUGGCAAGAUCCUCCUUCUCGGUGACCUCGUUGAUGCUAUCGCCAUUCCUGGCUUUGAUUCCAGGACGUUGAAUCCUGGCGUUGCUGGCUUGCCGAAUUUCGCCAUGUUUGGUAUCACCGAUGUUUUGAUCGAUUACUCUCAAAACAGCACCAACUCUUCGGCGGUUCAAGCGCUUCGUGCUCUUGGUGUGACCAUCAUUUACACCGCGAAGGAUCCCUGGAAGCUCAUCCCAUCAGGUUCAGUGUUUGUUUCGUCCUUUGGCAUCUCCCUCCGUCUCGAUCAAAUCGCUGGAUCGUUCAAGUUUUCCGGUGUUGUGAGCGGUGGCAUUACCGUGUCGACGUUCACGUUCGGCAUUCGUGUCCCGUUCAAUAUUCCUGGUCAAUCAGUCGAGUUCAUUCUUCCCAAAGUCGAAGUUCUCGGCUACAGCAUCAACGAUUUGCUCGGCCUCCCAUCGGAGUCAGAGCCAGUUACAGUCGCUGUUGAGCAAAUUGCUGCCGAUCUCCAAGGCAAAGCAGCCGAGCUUGCCGCGCAAGUUGAAGCUGAAGCGCGCCGCCGCCUGCAGGAAGCCAAGCAAGCAGCUCAGGAACGCGCUCGUUCGCUCCUGGCUCGAAGUGCCGCGGAGCUGGAAACCCGUGCUCAAGCUUUGGCAACCGCCACUGCGGGUCGCGUUUUGACUCUCGGCCAGCUUGUUGAUGCGAUUGCCGUCCCCGGAUUUUCGUCGGGCAUGCUCAACCCUGGCGUCGCUGGUUUGCCGAACUUUGCGCUGUUCGGCAUCACAGAUGUUUCAUUGCAAUUCUCGCAAGGAAACAACACCAAGGGUGGAGGCCUUGCCGGGCUUCGAUACGCCGGCGUCACCAUCGUGUACGCUUCUGCUGCGCCUUGGUACUUGACCCCGAGCAAAAACAUCGCUAUCUCUCAGUUUGGCUUGCGCUUGCAAGUACAAAUUUCCUCGCCCGGCGGAUUGACUUUCUCGGGCAUGGUUAGCGGUGGCAUCACCGUCUCGACUUUCACUUUCGGUGUUCGCGUUCCUUUCAAUAUGCCUGAUCAGUCGGCCCAGUUCAUUCUUCCGAAGAUUGAGGUGUUUGGUGUCUCUAUCAAUGAUGUUCUUGGGUUGCCUGCUGCGGAAACCGUUACGGCACCGUCUCUUCAAGAUGCUGUUGGCUCGUUGCGCGGCCGCGCUGCUGAGCUUACUGCGCAGCUGGAGGCCGAAGCGCGUCGACGCGUGGAGGAACUCAAACAGCAGGCCAAGGAACGUGUCCGUUCGUUGCUCGCGACCACUCAAGCCGAACUUGACACACGCACCCAAGCUCUUGUGGCUGCCACUCAAGGUCGCGUGCUGUAUCUUGGCACCCUUGUGAACGCCUUGGCCAUUCCCGGAUUUGAUUCUUCUGCACUCAACACUGGCAUUGCAGGCCUGCCCAACUUUGCCGAGUUUGGUUUGACGGAUGUGGUGAUUCAGUUCGCGGGCAACGCUUCCACCGGAUUCAAUAGCUUGCGCACGCUGGGUGUGACAAUCAUCUAUGGCGGCUCAACUCCCUGGUACCUGACUCCUGGUACUGGCAUCCGUGUGACGCAGUUUGGCUUGACACUCCGCAUGGACCAGACAGCGGCAGGGCGCAAGUUCUCUGGCGUGCUGAGCGGCGGUGUUCUCGUGUCAUCCUUCUCGUUUGCAAUCCGCGUGCCGUUCAUGAUGCCAGGCCAGUCUGUCGAAUUUAUUCUUCCCAAGGUCGAAGUGCUCGGCAUGUCUGUGAACGAGUUGCUCGGUCUCCCGACUGACGGCCUUCCCGUUAAACUGCCUGAUCAAGCGACCUUGGCCCAAGCUGUUGGAUCUUUAACUGGAAAGGCCGCUGAGUUGGCCGCGCAAGUGGAAGCGGAGGCUAAGCGCCGCGUUGAGGAAGCAAAGUUAGCGGUCAAGGAACGCAUGCGUUCGCUUCUCGCAACGUCUCAAGCUGAGCUCGAAACGCGCGCGGCUGCUCUGCAGGCCGCCACUGCCGGCAAAGUUCUUCUUCUUGGCUCACUCGUUGAUGCGCUCAGCUUGCCCGGCAUCUCCAGUUCCGAUCUGAACACGGGCAUUGCUGGUCUCCCGAACUUUGCCAUGUUUGGUUUGACUGAAAUUCUUGUCGAGUUCAUGGCACAAGAAAACAGCACUUCAGGCUCGGCGCGCGGCAUGGCCGGUCUGCGAACGCUGGGUGUCACUAUUUUGUACGCGUCUUCCGAUCCUUGGUUCCUGACGCCCAGCAAGCUCAUCCGCGUGACGCAGUUUGGCCUGAAACUGCGCGUCGACUUUGCACCGCUUGGGCGCAAAUUCUCCUGUGUUCUCAGUGGAGGAAUUCAAGUCGACAAAUUUGUCUUUGGUGUUCGUGCGCCUUUCAACAUCCCUGGCGAACGCGUCGAGUUCAUUCUCCCGAAGGUGGAAGUUUUGGGCGUUAGCGUGAAUGACAUGCUGGGUCUUCCGGCGGGCACUCCGCUCGAGCUUGAGACCGAAUCUGCGCGUCAAAAGCUCAACGACUUGAAAGAGAAGGCGUCGGAUGCUCUUGUCCGAGUUGAGGCUGAAGCGCGCCGACGCGCCGAAGAGGCCAAACAGCAGAUCAAGGAUCGGAUGCGAUCGAUGCUUCCGCAGGGUGUGGAGGAACUCAAUAAUCGCAUGUCUGCGCUUGUUAGCGCCACGGACGGCAAAGUUCUCAAGCUGGGCACGAUUGUGCAAGCGAUCGGCAUUCCUGGUUUUACGUCAGCGAGCCUCAAUCCUGGCGUUGCUGGCUUGCCGAAUUUUGCUGACUUUGGCAUUACCAACUUCCAAGUUGAGUUUGCCGCUCCUGCCACCUCCAAUGCCACCUCUAACGCCACGGCUCCCCCUGGCUUGGAUGGGCUGCGGAUGCUUUCUGUCACCAUCAUUUAUUCAUCGACGACACCAUGGUACCUCGUCCCGACGACAACGUUGAUCCGGGUUUCGCAGUUUGGCGUCAUGCUUCGGCUUGAUCAAACAGGCGGCAUCCGUCGGUUCUCUGCCGUCAUUAGCGGUGGCGUGUUGAUCAACAACAAGUUUACUUUUGGUGUUCGUGUGCCCUUCAAUGUUCCCGGCGCUCAAGUCGAGUUUAUCCUUCCCAAGGUCGAAGUGUUUGGCAUGAACAUUAAUGAAAUGCUUGGCCUCGCGGCUGACAAGACCCUCGAGUUUGACGCGAACGCUGCUGCAAAGGCCCUUGGUGAUUUGCAAGGCGAGGCUCGUUUGCUUGCGGAAAAGAUCGAAGCCGAGGCGCGCCGUGUUGCUGAAGAAGCGAAAGCUGCGCUCAAGUCGCGUGCUCGAGCACUGGUUGCCCGUACCUCCGCAGAGCUUGAUGCUCGAGUUGCUGCAAUCAAGGCUGCUACCGAGAAUCGCGUUUUGCUUCUCGGCGAUUUGGUCGCUUCGCUCGGCAUUCCCGGCGUUACUUCCGAAGCGCUCGACACGAAGGUUGCCGGUCUUCCCAAUUUCGCCUUGUUUGGCAUUACGGACGUCCAAAUUGAGUUUGCACCCCGAGCUGGUGCCAACACGUCUGGCUUCUCUUCCCUCAGCCGCGUGCAAGCGACGAUUGUCUACACCAAGACCGAAGGUUGGCAACUGCUCCCGAGUGGUUCCAUUUUUGUUCGAUCAUUUGGUCUGCUACUCGGUUUCCGUACUGUUUCGUCCAACCAAACGUCCUUCUACGGCCGAAUUUCUGGAACGAUCUCCAUUGGGCAGUUUGUCUUUGGAGCCGCGGUUCCAUUCAACAUGCCCAAUGAGCGCGUCGAGUUUGUCCUUCCUCAGGUUACUGUGAAUGGCCUGAGCAUCAAUUCUCUGUUUGGCAUCCCCGAAAAGGCAUCGGUGCAAGAUCUCAGCGCGCUGCCGGCCGCUGCUGCAUCCAAGCUCAAGGACGCGGCGCUGGAGGCCAAGAAGGCCGCUCAAGAACGCAUGCGAUCUCUCCUUCCUGCUGGUGUCACUGCUGCUCAAAACCUUGUGACCAACAUUGCAGAAGCCACCAAUGGCAAGGUGCUUUUGCUCGGAAACUUGGUCAACUCGCUUGGCAUCGAUGGCUUUACGGCGUCCGUUCUGGAUCCUGGUGUGCCAGGCUUGCCGAACUUUGCAAUGUUUGGCAUUACCAACUUCCAUAUCGAGUUCCGCAAUCAAAGCUCGACCGGCUUUGGUGGCAUCAAGAGCGCCGGCAUCACCAUUUUGGCAACCCAGCCCUGGACCAUUGUUGGCAGUCUUCGUGUUCUCGCCUUUGCGUUGCAACUCGAGUUGUACACCGAUGGAGCCAACAAACUCGUGUUUGGCGGCGCCGUGUCUGGCACAAUCGCAGUCAACUCGUUCGUCUUUGGCGCUCGCGUUCCAUUCAACUUGCCUGGCGAAACUCUUUCCUUUGUUUUGCCCGAGAUCAAAUUGUUCGGCAUGGACGUCAAGCAAGUCUUUGGCAUUUCCGAUACCCCGAGCCUCGACGAGCUCCAGAGUGCCUUGCCCAACGUGACCGCCCUUGCUGACAAGAUGAAAUUGGAGGCUCUCCAGAAGCUGACGGACUUGAAGGCGGAGGCCAAGAAUCGCAUGCGUCAGUUGCAGGCGUCGACGCGAGCCGAGGCCCUGAGAUUGGCGGCUGACUUGAAAGCAGCAACUGCUGGCAAAGUCUUGCUCUUUGGCGACAUUGUCGAUGCCUUCUCCAUCCCCGGCUUCUCGUCGAGCACAUUGAACCCUGGUGUUGCUGGCCUGCCCAAUUUCGCGACCUUUGGCAUCACCGAUGUCAAUGUAGCGUUCAACAACAGUGGUGCCACCAGCUUUGGCAGUGUGCUUGGGCUGAAUGUCACCAUUCUUGCCACCCAGCCAUGGACUGUCUAUGGUCAGCUCCAAGUGACGGCAUUUGCCGUUCGCUUUGGCAUGUCCACCGACGGCUAUGGCGCUCGCACGUUCUUUGGCUCCGUGUCUGGCACAAUUGCUUUGUCAGAUAUCGUUGUCUCCGUGUACGCACCGUUCAACAUGCCUGGUGAGCGAUUUGAGCUGGUUUUGCCCGAUGUGUCCGUUUUUGGAGCCAGCUUGAACGACUUCUUUGGCGUUGUCCCGCAGUCGGCUGUUGGCCAUUUGGAGAGCAUUGCAACCUCCAACCUGACCACCAUUGCAUCCUCGUUGAAGCUUGAGGCUGCCAAACAGCUGGAAGCUGCGAAGGCCGCUGCUCGUUCCAAGGCCAAGGAGUUGAUGGCUCGCUCGAUUGAAGAGUUGAACAAGAUGAAUGCGGCCUUGACUGCCGCGACUGCAGGCAAGGUCCUUACUCUCGGCUCUAUCGUCGAUUCGCUGUCGAUUUCCGGGUUCACUUCGGCCACCCUCAACCCAGGCGUCGCUGGUCUACCCAACUUUGCCGCCUUUGGAUUGACCGAUUUUGUUUGCGAAUUUGGAACAUCGAAUUCGACUGGUCUCGGUUCCUUCAACAAGCUCGGUGUGACGAUUGUCUACACCCAGGUUUGGACCGUUUACGCGAACGUCAAGGUCACUUCCUUCGCCCUGCGACUGCAGCUGACACGCGAUGUUUACGGAUCACUGUCGUUCGGAGGCGCCGUUUCUGGUACCGUGCAGUUGAACACGUUCUUCUUUACGAUUCGCGUUCCUUUCAAUCUCCCCGGCGAGAAGAUGCAGUUCAUCCUCCCCGAGAUUACAAUUGGCGGUCGAAACAUUCGCGAAACGUUUGGCAUUCCAGACGAGGUCUCCACUUCGCUGUCAGACCUUGCAAAGACGAUCAACGACGCACCCGCCAUUGUUGCCCAGAUUCAAGCCGAGGCUGCCAGUCAGCUGGCUAUCGCAAAGAAGCAGGCGCGUGAAAAGAUUCGACAGGUUGUCGCUCAGACCAUCGACGAAGCCAACAAGUUUGCUGCUGAUCUGACCGCUGCCACCUCGGGCAAGGUUCUGACGCUUGGCACCAUCGUCGAUGCCCUUUCUGUUCCUGGCUUGACCUCCGCGUCGCUCAAUACGAACACGGCGGGUCUUCCCAACUUUGCUACCUUUGGCUUGAUGGACUUUAAGCUCGAGUUCCAAAACUCGAACGGCAGCUCGCUUGGUUCGCUCAAGACCCUUGGCGUCACUGUGCUUGCGACGCAGCCCUGGACGAUCAUUUCGACUCUGCGCGUGACAGCCUUCUCCUUUACCGUUGCUUUGAACACUGACGCGUAUGGAAGCAGGUCGUUCUCUGGCGCUGUCGCCGGCACCAUCGCGGUUGACUCGUUUGUCGUCUCUGCUCGUGUUCCUUUCGGCAUUCCUGGCGAAAAAGUUGAGCUGAUUCUGCCGCGGCUGGUUGCUGGCGGCGUCGAUAUCAGCAAGCUGUUUGGCAUGGAUGACUUGACCGCGUUCAAUCCUGCCAUUCUCGCCAAUGCCUCGCUGUCUGCCCUUGCCGACGCGGCUGCAACCAAGGCCCGAGCAGCGGUUGCGGAUAUGAAGUCCCGCGUCCGACAACUCAUGCCGCGCACCGACCGUGAUCUGAAGGAUAUGGUUGGCGACAUUCGCGACCUUGUUGGCCAGGGCAAGUUGCUCACUCUCGGAACCAUGAUGAAUGCCCUUGGAAGUGGUAUCGGGCUUGACACUGCUGCCCUCAACAGUGCCGUCGGCAGUAUUCCUGGCAUGCCCCCGAUCUUGAGCGUUGCCAUCACUGACUUUGGCGUCGAGUUCAACGCGACAUCGUCCGGAUUUGGCCGACUGCUGAGCUUGCAAGUUGCCAUGCUCAUGACGCAGCCAUGGUCUCUUCAACCUGCGCUCACGAUCGAGACGCUCGGCUUUGCCCUCUAUGUUUCCACGUCAAACCUGACUACAAUGGCCAAAUCGUACUCUGGCUUUGUGCAAGGCACUGUGUUGAUCAACACUGUGAUGGUGACUGUUCGUGUUCCCUUCAACCUCCCGGAGAGUAUCUCGAUUAUUCUUCCUGAGGUGGUGAUUGACGGCGUGGACAUUAACAAUUACUUUGGUGCCAACUCGACCGUGGCCACAUACAUUCCGAGCACUUUGACGGAGAUUCAGCGCGUCCAAUCGCAGCUGCAAACUCAGUCAGCCAGCAUUCUCACCAUUGGCCAACUGCUCGCGUCGAUGGGAUUGUCGAGUGCUGUCGAUUUUGACAUUGGUGGUCUCAACCCGGGCUCGUUCGGCGUGACCGAGAUUGACAUCAACAUGACCAUCACAUCGAGUCCUGCAUCCCGCGGCCUUCAGAGCGCCUCGAUUACGGUCAUCCUGACAGAAGAGUGGAAGAUUCUUGGCCGCUCGCAGCUCACCGUUCCGUUCUUUGGCUUCAACAUUGGCAUGACGAAAGUCGGCGCCGUCAACAAAUGGUACGGCCGCGUCAAGGGCUGCCUGGUGAUCUCUGGCAAGGUUCUUGGCGCCAACAUUCCGUUCAAUUUGCCCAACCAGCAAGCGACGUUCGUGCUCCCUUCGAUUCGUCUGUUUGGCAAGCCCGUCGACCAGCUGUUUGAGACCGCAACCAGUGCUGUGGCAAUUCCCUCCGCCAACGAUGUCAAAGCCGCUUUGCAGGGAUCCCUGCAGCUUACCGACUUGCUGAAUGCCGUGGGCAUCGAUACGGCUCCCCUCCAGUCACUGGUUGCGGUUCCUGGCUUGCCCAAUCUGCUGGCGUUUGCCAUCACUGAGAUGAACCUCAAUUUCACGGCUACCAACUCGCUCCAAGGCUUUGCCUUCAAGAUUGUCGCCACCGAACGCUGGAACCUGGUUCCUGUGGACACGGGCGCCAAGCUUGCCAUCCCUUCGUUCAGCGUGUUUAUCACCAAGUUUGUCAACGCUGCAAACGCCACCGUCUAUGGCGGUCGCAUUCGCGGCACGAUUCUGCUGCGCGACAAGCCUGUGCGCAUCAGCGUGCCAUUCCGUUUGCCCGAGCCUGCGUACGUGCUUAUGCCCGAAGUCGUCAUUUCUGGCGUGAACGUCGGCCAGAUGACCUCUGUGGAGCAGCUGCCGAUUCUUGGUCAGAUUGAGCGCAGCACGCUCUCCACUCGUCUGCGCGCACUCAUCACGCUGGGCGACAUUUUGAGCCUCUUCACGGAUUCCAUUGACAUCCCAACCGACCUUCCUGGUAUGCCGGCGAUCCGAUCACUUGCGAUUGCUCGUUGCGAGUUUGGGUUUGCUCAAGUCGAAACGCGAUCGCAGUUGUCGUCACUCAACAUUUCCAUCGUGUCGACCGAGCCGUGGACUGUCUUUGGUUCUCGAGUUUCCAUCGACUUUUUCGCCUUCUCUGUCGAAAUGUUCCGUGAUGCACGUGGCUUGGCCGUUUACCAAGGCAGUCUCUUUGGCACCAUUCUGUUCCAGCGCACAAAUGCAUUGCCCGUCCGUGUUUAUCUUGGCAUUCCCUACGGUUCUUCGACCGCGCCGAAACGCAUGAGCGCCGCCAAUCCAGCAAAGUUCUUGUUGCCGCAGGUGUCGAACGCCGGCAACGCGCUGACGGUGGAUGUGUUUAUCACAUCGUUCCUGCCCGGUCUCGAGUCGCUCAUUCAGUCUCCCAUUCCUGGUCUGGAUAUCGCGACUGGCAUCAUCCGCACCACCGCCGUCACGCAGUUCACCUUUGCGUUUGACACGGCCUCUUCAAACCUGACCAUGUUCCGGGUGAUGCUGCAGUCGACGCAAUCGUGGAAUCUGUUUGGUACCAGCACGUCGCUCAAGUCGUAUGUCCUUUAUGUGGCUCGAGAGCCUCCUGCGACUUCCUUGACGGGCUAUGUGAGCGGUGUCUUUGCCUUCAAGAGCGUGUCCAAUUCGCGAGAAGUCACCGCGGAGGUUGGCCUGAAUGUGCCCUUCCCGAUUACCGCCACAAACCCUGUGACGUUCGCGUUGCCCCCGGCAACGGUGCCAGAGCGGGCGUUUACUGUCGGUCAUCUCUACACCCUCGUCGGCGACCUGGCUCAAAGUGUCAAGCAGUUCUUCGAAGGCGGCUCUGGCAGCGGCGGCGUCUUUGGCGAGGGCUUUGACGUGCAAAAGAUUCUGAACGUCUUUGCAGUGACCCAAUGCCAAGUCGGCUUUGUGCGCAAUCCAACGACCGGAGUCUCCUCGUUCCAAACCUUCUCCAUCCGCAUUGAAAUGCUCGAGCCGUUCUCGUUCACCAACGGCGAUUCCAACGCUGUCUUUAGCAUUGCUCGUUCCGUUCUGGAUUUCUCGUACAACCACACUGGUUUGUUCUCCUUUGGCGUUGAUCCGACCAAGCAAACCGGCGCUCCAGAUUCAGUGUUUACAUCCAAGAUCAAGGGCUUUGUGAGUGGUACCUUGGUUUUGGCUGGCACGCCAGUGUCGUCCACUGUCUACUUCCCGAUGACACCGCUGCUGGCUCCUCCGAUUGCAUUUGUGCUGCCCCCUGCCAACGAUCCGCAGGCGCUGACCGUAGCGCGCGUUUUGACCGUGCUGACUGCGGGCGAGCUCAACCUCGGGACUGAAGGUCCGAAGGCCCUGGAUGCUUUCGCCUUGACUGAGCUUUCGCUCAAGUUUACGGGCGCGCUCUCGCGUGUGGCCUUCAAUCUGACCAUCGAAAUGACCGAUCCUUGGAGUUUCUUCAACGGCAAGCUCUCCAUUUACGGCAUUGCCCUUCGCGUCCGUCGAUUCUACGAGCCCUCCAAGCUCAAUUACGAGUACAUUCAACAGCAAGCGUGCAAGUGUGUUCAACCAAUCCACGAGGGCUAUGUUCAAGGCUUUGUGUCGAUUGGCAGCGGAGCUGUCGAGUUUGGCAUCCGUGCUCCCUUCCCGCUCUCCACGUCGUACAAUGGCAGCAUCUAUGCGGGCACACCUGUCGUUCUCAUUCUGCCCGACACGUCGACGAAGCGUCUGACGCCGCUUGCCAUGCUUGGCGUCUUGGCCAGUGAGCUCUCGAGCUCCUUCCCUGAAGAUGGCUUGCUUGGUGACUUGAGCAAGAUUUACGUCAAGGCGCUGAACUUCCAGGUGGUCCAAGGCAGCAUGGAGAGUUUCCGUAUGACGCUGAGAGUGGACCAGCUGUCGCUGUUCAGUGGACGGCUGGCCAUCAACUUUGUCGAAAUGGACUUGAACUCGUCCACCGUUCGUGUUGGCCAAGCCAAGCAGCGUGUCUACUCUGGUUUGAUUACUGGCCAAGCGCGCUUUGCCGAUCCGGGCGGUAGCGCGUUUGAUGUGAGCGUGUUUGUUCCCUUCCCCGCAACGGCCUACCGCAACAGCUCGGUCUUUGGCUACGUCACGACGGUCGAUGUUUCGAAUCCCAACCGAUUCUUGACCAUCCGCGCACUCGUCUACACGCUGCUCAGCAUUGACAUUAACAUCUUUUCGCUCCCGUUGGGUGAUGGUGGCUCUAUGUGGACUGCUCUCGGUGUGCAGACCGUUCGUUGGUCGUUCAACGACUUUGGCGUGCUCAACAAUCUCUACGCCUACGUGCUCAUGCAGACGUCCCUUCAUCUCGGCCCAGUUUACUGUGGCCCCGGAUCUCUGGCAUUCACAAUCACGUACGCUCCAGCCAACCCUCGAACCCCCACCAAGAUGGUCACCAAGUUCAAGAUCGAGGGCAGCUGUACGUUUGCCGGCGCUCCGCUUCGGGUGGAUAUCACAUUCCCCAAGAAGGGCGCUGACAGCGUGCUUACUGCCGGACCAAACAUCACCUCGAUGACGGCGUCGUUCAGCAACGAGUUCAACCUCUGGGCAUUGCGUCGUGACCACAACUUCAAUGUGACGCUCGUCAUGAACCGAACCAUGGCCUACAACGAAGAGAAUGACGCGUACUGCCUCCGCUGCGUGACUCGUCUGCUGGAGCCUACUUCCGACGUCUACUACACCCCGCCAGAUGCACAAAUCACCAUGAACUGCUUUGGUGAGCGUGGCUCGGUCAAUCCCUGGCUGGCAAACGAGGAGGAUCUCGAAAUGACCCGCGUGGAAGUGCCGUUCUCCAAUUUCAAGGUUGCCAAGUUUAUGCGAUGCGCCAUCUGUGUCCGCAAGGUGGGCGCCGACGGUGUUCUCGGCAAGACCAACUUUGGCUUGGACCAAAAGUCAGGCGCAGGCAUCUACACGGUCGCUGGAACUCCAGCAUUGACCACGGAUUACAUGUGUUCGGCCUAUUCGCAGCCUCGUUACUUGAAUGAAAACACUGAGACGUUCGGCAGUGGCGGCGAUGCGCGCUCGGAAGCCGGCUGCAAGUACACUGCCUACCGACCCAUUGUCGUCUCCCUCUCGGGCGAUUCCACCUCCGCGUCUCGCACAGCAGUGGUUCAGCUGCCUACACGAGGCUUUACAGGUUGCGGUACCGACGCUGCUUGGGAGUUUGGCAAGACCACUCGUGGGGCUUCGAUUUCGAUUGGUGCUGUCAACAUCACGCUGACUUUCCGUCAGGCCGGAGUCUAUGAUAUCAUGGUCGCCAAGAACUUUGUGACUGAAGUGUUUGUCAUGGAUGUCCAGUCGGUUCGCUACGUCAACGGCACUGUUCUCUUUGCUGGUAUCAUUCCUCGUGCGUACAUUCAGUCCGAAAACCACAUUUGCAACGUGGACACUGACUUGCGUUCGUGGCCGACCGAUGCCUUUGUGAUGCCCGAUGGCAUUCUCAAUUGCACCACUGUCCGACCUCGCCAGCGAACGGCACUCAAAGGAAACGUGACCAUGUACCUCAACACUGACUGCGACAAGUCCAUCACGCCGUUCUGCCGAUCCACUGGUAUUUUCGGAACCACCAACUAUGUCCCAAGCAACCCGAUCCUGGAUGUUUGGAUUGGCUCUCUCGGCGGUUGCAAUUCGUGGCGUUGUUGCUACUUCCUGAAGCUGACCCGGAAGGGCAGCUGGGAUGGCAAGCUGACGCCCGAUCCUGAUCGUCAACGUGCUGCCGACAGUGGAAACGACAUUUCUCUCGCUGAUAACUAUUGUACCACCGCAUCGCUCUCUGGAUUCUGCGCAGAAUCGUGCCCUCGGCGCCUUGAAUUGUACAAGAAGGUGUACAGGGUGUAUUCCACAAAGUAUGGUGGCAAAAACGCGUCUCUGGCUGACGCCUGGGACAAGUGCUACUUGACAACGUGCUCGCGCUGGUCCUGGGGUCCGACCUACUGGAAGAAGGAGACCAACUGCUUCAACUUUGUGUCCAACGUGCCCUUGGACGCGUCCCUUCAGAACGCCCAUUUGAGCGUCGGCGAAAACAACAUUACGAUCAACCGGGCUUGUUCCACCAACAAUUGCUUGCAAACGAGCGAGAUGUAUACCACGUUUGCAGAGGUGUUCAAGGCCAAUUACACCAAGCCAAUUGAAACGGUCGAGUCUGGUGGCACACAGCAAUCUGAGAGCAAGCCACUCUUUGGUUCUCAGAAUCCCACUCCUGUUUGGCAGUAUGUUUACGAGCUGCACGGCCACACUACUCGAGGCAACAUGACUGUUUGGGUGGAUCAGAAUGGUCUCAGCACGCGAUCGGAUGCUGUCGUCCGCACUCUCAAGGCGGCCAUGAUCUACAACCCGUCCGUCCUGCAGGUCGACCUCAUGAUCCCCGACUUUGUGCUGGACAACCCGAGCAUCAAGUCCUCUUGCAAAGAUGCCAACGGUAUGGUCAGCGAGUUCUGCUUGUGCAAGGCGGCCAGGACCACGAUGAACAAGCUCGUGUCCAAAUGGAGUUACAGCUCGUGCGCCAUGUACGUGAAGGACGUGCCCACUGAAAUUGUCUGUCACAAGUACUGCGUGGACAUCAACAAGAAGGUUGUGGUCGGCGAAACAUGCAAGUCAGAUCCUAAUGCAUGGAAGCCUCCGAACUGGAAGCCCCCGACCUUCUGGGAGGCGCUGUUUGGUCUCUAA